CCUGCAAGUCUACAGGUAUACGUAUAAAGAAUGGUACUUCAGCGCCAUCGAAGAAAAGACGCACACCCAUCUGAUCCUUUAACUCUCCAGUUACACUUAGCAUUGACAAGAUCUUCCUGCAAACGCAGCAAGCUUGUUCCAGCAGUUCGCCAUGCGCACCAAGAUCCAACUUCUGACCUUGCUCUUUUCUACGGUCCUGGCGAGACCGCAGCAGCUCGAUGGUCGACAGUUGAAGGACCCUGUAGCUACAAACUACCAUGAUCAACCUUCUAGCGCGUCUGGAAGAGCUGUAUAUUUCAUGACCAACGAUGCUGAAAAUGCGGUAGUCGCCUUACCCAUUGGCCGGGAUGGACUGCUUUCGAGAGGAACUGUCACGAAGACAGACGGUGCAGGCUCAAACUUCAUCAACAGCGCCACGGGUCUCAGAGCUGCACCGGAUGCAUUAUCUGCGCAAUCCUCCUUAGUUGUUGCUGGGGAUUACGUCUUCGCCGUCAAUGCUGGCUCAAACACUGUCACGAUGAUGGCUAUUUCGAGAAGGAAUCCUACAAACCUUGUCACAGUUGGGCAAGCAACUUUGCCCGGCGAGUUCCCCACCACGAUUGCUGCUUCGGUGAAGAACCAGCUUGUCUGCGUUGGAACGACGGGCGCCUUGGCAGGCAUCUCGUGCGCCACUUUUAAUAGCAGUGGCAUGAGCAAGAUGGACGCUCUCCGACCAUUCCGAUUGAAUCAGACAACUCCUCCACAUGGGCCAUUGAACAGCGUUGCUGAGACGUUCUUCUCCCUGGACGAAUCUACACUGUUUACGACAGUCAAAGGCGACCCGACCAAAAACGAUACAGGGUUUUUGUCUGCGUUUGCAGUGCGGCCUCAAGAAAAUGGCAAGGCCGGUCUUGCGUCCGAGGAUACGCGCAGCUCACCUACAGGAACUGCGGUAUUGUUCGGCUCGGCUCUUGUCCCCAAUCGCCCGCAGUCUUUGUUCGUCACAGACGCGUCCUUCGGCGCUGUCGUCUUGGCUCUGGAUGCGAAGAAUGUAGCAACAAUCGCAGGCAAGCAGUCUAUUCCUGGUCAGAAAGCAACAUGCUGGGCCACCAUCUCCACAACAACCGAUAGUGCGUUCGUUGCGGAUGCCGGUUUUGCUCGAAUUGUAGAGAUGAGCACUAGCGAUGCAACCAUCAUUAGUGAGCUUGACUUGUCCGCAGAUGGCGACCCUGGUUUUACAGACCUAAAGGCGUCGGGAAAUUUCGUGUAUGUCUUAUCGCCAGGCAAUGGCACGACCGUCGCAUCUGUGAAGGUGCUAGAUAUCUCAGGGGGCCAAGGAUCGAUGAAGUUAGUGCAGUGCUUCAGCCUCGAUGGCGUCGCCGGUCAAAAUUCUCAGGGAAUGGCGGUACUCGACUAAAAGCUCGGCCGAUACAGUGCUGAUCAGGGGGU